AUGGACUUGGAAAGUCGCCUAAUAAAAUCCGAAAUUCGAAGAAAAUUGCUUUCUGAGGAAAUAGCUGAAAUUGGUUGGACUACGAUCCAAACACGUUUUGAUGGCUCCGAAAACUUUGAUCGACCUUGGAAGGAUUACAGGGAUGGAUUCGGCGAUUUAAAUGGCGAAUUUUUUAUUGGACUGGAGAAAAUUCACGUCAUGACUCUAAAACGUCCCCAUGAACUUUACAUCAAGCUUGGGAAGGCUGACGGGUCCACAAGCUUUGCUUAUUACAAGGAUUUCAAGCUGGGCAGCGAGGAAGAGUCGUAUGAGCUGAAAUCGCUGGGGAAAUACUUUGGGACAGCCGGAGACUCCCUGAAACAUCAUGUGAACAAAAAGUUCACCACGUUUGACAGGGAUAAUGACCUAUCUGAAACUGGCAACUGUGCUUGUCCUGAAGUAGGCGGCUGGUGGUACCUCAAUUGUGGCCAUAGUACUCUCAAUGGAAAAUACUAUAAAGACGGGCAUGUUGUGGGUCCCGAUAGGAAUGGAAUUACUUGGGGUACUUGGCAUAGCAACGAAUCUCUCACCUUUGUUGAAAUGAUGAUUAAGCCCAAAGUUUUUAGCCCAAAGGUUUGA